CUGGCCUCUUUCCCGACCACAUCCAGGCAAAUCGCAAGCAAAGCUCAACCUCGGCGCAUGGGCUCGUCGGCGGCUGCGGAAAUUCCCGUGCUGGACGAGCCGCCGUCGUAUGCAGACUUCCGCAGGGACUUCCUCGAGCCCAACCGGCCAUGCCUCGUGCGCGGCCUCGCUGAGCACUGGUCUGGCCGGCAAUGGGUGCAUUGCUCCUCCUCGAAGGCUGGCCCGCUGCAUCCUGCCUUCGCCGAGCUGCAGCGCCUCUACGCCGCGCACACUGUGCCGCUCGUCCAGCCUGGCGCAGCCGCGGAAGAUGAAGAGUGCCGCAGGUCCGCGCUGCUGCCCGAGGCGAUCGCGCAGCUCGCGAAGGGCCAGCGCGGCUACAUCAAGGACUGGCAUCUCGUGCAGCAGCUGGCGCCGGGCGAGGCGCCGCCCUACACGACGCCCGACAUCUUUGCCGACGACUGGAUGAACAACGUGGAGCGAGGCGCGGACGACUUUCGCUUCUGCUACGCGGGGGUGCAGGGCAGCGGUACCAGUCUACAUCGCGAUGCAGACACGUCCUACUCGUGGUCGACGAACCUCGUCGGGCGCAAGCGCUGGCGCUUCUUCCCGCCGGAGAGCGGCCCAGGGCUCCAUCGCUUCCCUGACAACCCCACCUCGGAGCUCGCGUCGUCCAUCGAUGACAUGGACGCGCGCCAUGCUCGUGGCGAGCUGGGCCUCUUCAAGGCCGGCAAGGCCGGCUGGCACGCCUGGGCCGCGGUGCGCGGCUCGUGCACCGAGUGCACGCAAGAGGAGGGCGAGACGAUUUUCGUGCCGUCGGGCUGGUUUCACGACGUGCUCAACCUGACCGACUGCAUUUCACUCAACCACAACUGGAUGAACGCGCACAAUCUGCCGUCCCUCUACGCCUCUCUGGCGCAGGCCGUCGACGCAAGCGCGGCGGCGCUGAGCGACGUCGAGGAGCAGCUGCGCGCAACGAGCGCCGACGAGGCGAGCUGGCAGCGCGAGUGGUGGUCCAUCGUGCUGCAGCUCGUCGCGGCCGAUCAGGGCUGGGCGUGGGCGGGCUUCUGGCGCAUCGUGCGGCGAGCGCUCGAGCACGCGCCCUGUGAGGCUCGCUUGCGGCCCCCAGACGCCUUCACGCACGCCCGCGUUCGCAGCUGCGUUGAGGACUUCGGCCGCCGUGCGGAGGCCGCCUGGGUCGACGAGAGCACACGGG